AAAUCCAAGUGUCAGUGAGCAGCAUGAGAGGUUUCCCUCAUACAGGCUCCACCCCUUGGUUUGUUGAGUUCCACAUUAGUUCUGAAGACAGACUGACUGAACACACACUCCCUGGACAAGACAAGUGAGAAGAGAAACAGCAAAAUGAGUGAAGAUUGGGAGAGAGAUCAUGGUCAUGUACAAUAUGUAGAAGAGCAGAGCAAAUGCUCUAAGAGAGAGAUAGAUGCUAGAACCAUGUGUCUUCAGUGUGAACAAACUAAAUACUACUACAAGGAAAGGACUGCUUACAUGAAAGCAGAGUACGAAGAGAAACUUGAGGAGGCAAAAAGCUUGAAGGAAGACAGAGGAGUAAACUUCUCACACUUCCAGUGCUGUGAAAAAAAUGAACUUCAACACAAACAAAGCAUGGCUGAGAUGGAGGGUCACUACAAAAAUGCACUUGCUGAUGCAAGAAGUAAACUGAAACGAAAAGAGGAGGAAUUUCAAUCAUUCAAAGACAGGGUUGCAAGAGACCUCUCUCUUUCAAUAAAGACAGGAGACACUGAGAGCAUGAACAACCCAGUCAGUAAAAUAAAGCUUAAAGAGAUGUAUACCAACCUGAGACUUCUCCAGUGGCCUAAAAUGACAGAUAACCUGAGAUCAAACGAGGAGAACAUAGAGUUUGCCAAAAACUUAAUUCAGAAAAUGUUUGAAGACUCAAGAAAACAAAUGGAAAAAAACAAGAAGUUGAUGGAGGAAAUGUGCAGGCUGAACGAGAACAGUAAAAAACCAGCACCUCAGAAGGUCACAGAAUACACACAACUAACAAUUCAAAAUCUUCAGCUGGCUCUGUUCUAUGGUGGAAAGGAAGAUGUCAAGACGACUUUUCCUGAAUAUAAAGAUGAAAACCCCCAGAGCGUGAUCGUGACUUUCAGACAUCUGGCUGUUGAAUGCUACUGGUUGGGCUGCUUGAUGGCUUUAAGCAAUCCUCCUCUUGAACCUGACUGGGAGAAGUGUGAUGCCGGACCAGACCCUUGGGACAUUUUCCCACAGGACAUCAAAUGUGGUUCUGAAAUGGAGAGUGUGCCGAUGGAGCAAUGAAGCAGAGCCUGAUUUCAGAAGCUCAGCACUUUUGCUAUUGAUUUCAAAUAACGCUAACAAAGCAAAAAUGCUUAUUUGCUUUCUUGCUGAACAUUAAAUGAGAAGACAGACACCACUCUCUUGUCUGUAAAUAUUAGGUUUCAGCCAGGAGACUCUUCAGCCGUUUUAAAGACUCAAAAUGGGAAAAUAGCGUGUGUGGUCAAAGGGAACAACAUCUAGGUUGUUACCUAGGUACCUAUAACUUUUUCUGAGUGUAAUUAGUGAAAAUAUAUAAAUGUAUAAGAAGAGAAGCUGUGGUUUUAUUCACGACCUGAGUUCAUAUCAGAUAUUGUGUGUUGAACAGUGAGUUGUAAAGGUGCUGGUAGGUGCAUUUUGCCACAUUGACACAGAACCAGGUUGGCUUUUCAUCUCUAUUCCCAGUUUUUUUGUGUGUUAAGAUAAUUUGUCUUCUAACUGCAGCUUCACUUGGCUUGCUUUAGUUAAAGCAAUGGUUGCUUUAACUAAAGCCUGAACUGUAUUUUAAUAGCUGUGACACUUUAAUUUGUGUCUAGAGCAAAUACAGUUAAUGUUUCUGUUGUAUAAUACUAAAAUAAUGCAGACUCAUGGCAAAGUGGGUAGGUAGAUGCUAGAUGGUGUUCUGUCUUUUCUGAUUUAUGUCAUAUCUAACACAAAUAUCCAUCUGUAUCAGAACUUUAAUCACAACUAAGUCAAACACAAUCACAGAGGUGUAAUGUGCAGGGCCAGGUACUGUACAGGAACUCACUAUCAUGUGUUAUCGCAGUGUAUGCUUUGCUUUGUGCUUUCUCUGUGUACCACUAAUGUAAAUCACUGAAAAAAAUGAAAUGAUGUUCUUGUGAAUCUGAAUUAAUCUUGCACAGCAGCCUUUAGAGACACACAAAGUGCCAGGCCAUGUUAGAAACCUCUAAUGUAUCUACAAAGCCUUCAUCAACUUAUAAUACUAAAAUAAUGAUUCCCAUUCCCUUUUUAAAUCAAACUUCCCCCCUGUAUGAGAAUUUCAGAGUUCUGCUUGAGUAAAAGCAGUGCUGUUAUUUUGAGAGUCUAAUUCAAAUUUUAUAAAAGUCUUCAGAAAGGUUAAAAA